CGCCCCUGCAGUUCCCAAAGAGGCGUACGCACGUACGUAGGCACGCACGGCGACGAGAGGGCGGGGGAGGAGGGAGAGAUCGGAGGCGCCCCUCCCAGUCAGCAGGGUUGCGCGUGCCCCUUGCAACCGCGAAGAUGGUGGUGGGCGCGUUCCCUAUGGCGAAGCUGCUAUACCUGGGCAUCCGGCAGGUCAGCAAGCCGCUUGCCAACCGCAUUAAGGAGGCCGCCCGCCGAAGCGAGUUCUUCAAGACCUAUAUCUGCCUCCCGCCAGCUCAGCUGUACCACUGGGUGGAGAUGCGGACCAAGAUGCGUAUCAUGGGCUUCCGGGGCACGGUCAUCAAGCCGCUGAACGAGGAGGCAGCCUCCGAGCUGGGCGCCGAGCUGCUGGGCGAGGCCACCGUCUUCAUCGUGGGCGGCGGCUGCCUGGUGCUGGAGUACUGGCGCCACCAGGCGCAACAGCGUCACAAGGAAGAGGAGCAGCGCGCCGCCUGGGACGCGAUGCAGGACGAGGUGGGCCGCCUGGCGCUGGCGCUGGAGGCCCUGCAGGCGCAGGUGCAGGCGGCGCCGCCGCGGGGCGCCCUGGAGGAGCUGCAGGCGCAGCUGCAAGAGGUGCGCGCCCAGCUCUGCGCCCCGGACCCGCCGCCCGCGCCCCAGGCAGCAUCCACGUCCCAGGAAGCGUCCUCCUCCUCCGAGGAAAAGGAGCCUGCCGAAGCCUGAACUUAGACGUGGCCCUGUGUGCCCUGAUGUGGCCUUCUCCCUGCGUUACCCCUACCUGUGCUGGCCCAGUGGAAACCACCGGGAUGUGGAUGGAACUUGGAUUAGGUCACCCCAUACUGACCCGUGGUACCUUCCCCUGCGACCAGUCCCCAGCAGCUGAAGCGUUCCAACAUAGCCUCCUCCAGCCUCUCGCUCGUUUGGUACAGUCCGCAGUGCUGUCUCUCCAGCCCACUCCAAACGGCACAGACCUGUGGGGUCCCAGCCAGCAGGACAACAUGCUCACUCCUCUGACAGAAGAAGAAAUGGAACCGGACUUGAGCCAAAUCGACCUAUCAGCCCUCCGUUUACUUGAUCAGUGUUACUUUUCCCUGGGACUCUCAGCCUUUACAUCGGAAUACCUCCUUCCCUUUGUCAGUUGGUACAGGCUGUCGUAAGGAAGCGCAGUGUGUUUCAGUGAGCUUCUGCCUCUCCCACCUUCUAAGGUGGGCUUUCUCUGGGCAUCACUCCUCUUAUGAGGGGAAAAAAAUGGAUCUUGGCUUGCAGUUGAUCCAUCAAAUAUUACACCUUUCACCUUAACCUGAUCCGUGGCACCUUCCCCUGAGACACUCAAAUGGAAUAUUCCAACAGAAGCCCCCUCAUCCUUCAGUCUACGGCACAACCCACUGGAAUAGCUAUGCAGGGUCUUCUGGUAAUGCCCUACCAACCCUGCUUCUGGUGGAAAAUUUGAUCCUGUCUGUGGCUAGUCCGACCUGUCUCUCGGCCUCAGCCCCCUGUUCACCUGUCCUCAGGGUCCCUGGGCCUUUCCUGGCGUGUCCUUUCCUGCCUUCCGCACUGUCUUCUUCAGUGGCCUCUCUCGGGACUGCCGGCCAUGAUCACAGCCCCCAUGUUCCAUCAAAUCAAUAGAUCUCUGUGCUAUUGCCUUCCUUCCCUGCAGCUCUGGACUGGUCCAACUGUCCCCCUCCUGCCUCCAUAACCCCCUCUAGCCCACACAAUAGAUCUCUGUGCUAUUGCCUUCCUUCCCUGCAGCUCUGGACUGGUCCAACUGUCCCCCUCCUGCCUCCAUAACCCCCUCUAGCCCACUGGGCUAGGCCACCAGUUGGUCUUACCUUUGUUAUUUAGUUUCCAGGGCUGCCAUAACAAAUGACCGCAAACUCGGUGGCUUAAAACAACAGGAGUUUAUUCUUUCACAGUUCUGGAGGCCAGAGAUCUGAAAUCAAGGUGUUUGCAGGGUCACACUCCCUCCACAGGCUCUAGGGGAGGAUGCCUUCCUUGCCUCUUCAGCUUCUGUUGGCCUCAGGCAUUCCUUGGCCUGGGGCCCCCUGUCUCCAGUCUCUGCCUCCAUCUUCACCUGGCCUUCUUUUGCUCUCUGUGUCUUGGAAAGACUCCUGUCAUUGGAUUUAGGGCUUACCCUAAAUCUAGGAUGAUUUCAGUUCGAAAUCCUUCACUGAAUUACAUCUACAAAGACCUUUUUUCCACGUAAGCUCCCAUAACUUUCCCUGGGUUAGGAUGUGAACACAUCUUUUGGUGGGCCACCAUUCAACCCACUACACCUCGCCACCCCAGGAGUACGCUGGGACUCCUGCCAACCCCGUGGGGCAUUCAGGGAACCACAAGGGUGCGAGGAACAGUCCAGGAACCACCAUUCAUUACCUGGAGUCUCUUCCAGGACUCACCUCUGAAGCGGGAGGGGACUGGGCCCCACCAGUCUGCAUUCUGUCUUUCAGACUGUAGAUGUUUCCCAAUUAAAAGAGCCCUGGAGAGAGGAAGUCAUCUGAAGGAUGUGUCAGAGAAUCAUGAUCCGAUCUCCAAAAUGAGUACAAGCCUCAUUAAAAUUAGGAGAGAAGCUGAGAGAGUUCUGAUGGGGGUGAGUGGUAGAGCAUCAUCCAAGAUGGGGAAACUGAGGCCCAGAGGAAGCCAAGGGACUUGCCCAAGGCCAACAAGCCAGCGAGGUGACGAAGCAGUAAGAGCAGAGGCAGGGAGGGAGAUGGAGAAGGGAUGCAGGGUGCUUGAGGGUACUGCUACCGGGUGAGGAGGAAGGUGAGAGGGAGGCGGAUUACUGGGAGAGGGGCAGAGAUCUCUACACAGAGGCCAAAGGCACCCCUGGGGCAGCAUUGAGAGUGGGGGGGCACAGUUGUCUGUCAGAACAGCCCCAGAUUACACCCAAGAUCUUAGCAUUUAAUGAAUGAGGUUAGACCCAUUCCACCUGGGCCCGUCUCCCAGCAGCUCUAGGUGAAGUGGGAGGGGCCAGCUUUCUCUCCCUUCCUCCCUCACCUCACUUCCCCAGCGGAGUGAAAAUCCUCUGGACACAAGACCUACCCAGAUAGAAAACCAAGAAACCAGGGUUCUGAAACAGCAUCUUAAUUCCUUCUAGAAGAGCCCCCUCUGAUGUGGAGGGAGCUGAGGGAGGUGGGCCCCAGGUAGGGGUGUCCUUAAAAUUGGAAGUGACUUGAGUGGGUUAAAUGACGAGGGGAAGAAGGCAAGAGACAGAGCUACCACUGGAUGAUGGGGUGAUUCAUGGAGCCAGGUGAGCAGGCUUAGUGCCUGUUGCCAUGGUUACCCCAGGGCAGUCCACUCUGGCACUGACACGUCUCUGGAUCACGGGAUGCUGGAGGCCAGGGACUGUUUUACUGCCCUCCCCACAUCAUGUCAAUGUCAGUGACCCAUCUUGUCAAUAAGGUGUGGUCAUUAUCAAAAUCGGUGGAGUUUAUUGAGCUCUGGUUAGGUGCGGGGCACUGUUCUAAAGUGCUCUACAUAGUCCCCAUAACAUUUUCUUUGUUGCCUUGAUGAGGAAACCGAGGCACAGAGAGGGAAAAUCACCUACCCAAGGUCACACAGGCAGGGAAGAAGCAGAGGUGGGGUGUGAAGACGGGCGGUCUGGGUCAGAACCCGUAACCCCUGCGCCAUCCUGACCCUGACGUGGUGCUGCUCUCACGUCCCCGAGACUCAGAACUCAGCCCUGACGUGUACUUAACGUGUGGCGAGACCUCGUGGGAUGCCUCCGCUUCACCCGCUGGGUGGGGGUGGGAUCAGCAUGUGCGGAGGUGGAAAGAGUCUCCUCUCAAAACGCACAAGGCCAGAGGGUGCUUCAUCGCUCUGGUUUCCUGCUAGCUAAAAUUUUGUAUACAUUUGUGACUUGGGGAGAGGGGUUAGAAUAAAUUUGUAAUCCACAUUGGUUGCCUUCAAGUUGAUGCAUUUUCCCCCCAUAUUUAAAAAAAGCCCCGUUAACCUGAGAAAAAAUAUCCUUCGUUUAUUCUUUCGUUCAAGACACUGUCACCGAUGGGGCUUCCCUGGUGGCGCAGUGGUUAGGACUCCACGCUCCCAAUGCAGGGGGCCCGGGUUUGAUCCCUGGUUGGGGAACUAGAUCCCACAUGCAUGCCACAACUUUGGAGCCGGCGAGCCUCAACUAAGGAGCCCACCUGCUGCAACUAAGACCCGGCGCAACCAAAUAAAUAUUAAAAAACAAAAAAACUGUCCGAGGUGCCCACCAUGUUCUGUGCAGUGCUAGGGUCCCAGCCGUGACCGAGACAGCCCCAACCCUGCCCUCGUGGGGGCUCACAGUCCAGUGGGGGGACGGAUGCACAUACAGACAUUUCUUUUCCAAUGUUACCUGCCCUGUGGUUAUUUGGGAAGAAGGGACCAGGCUGAAUCCCAGCUCCUCCCCUCCUGAGGGACUCAGGGCUUUAGGGCAUUAAAAAACAGAUACUCUUAUUUAAACACUGGCUCUCAAAAGCCUCAUAGGAUGUCCCAAGGGCUCUGCUUCUCCCAUCCCUUGGCAGGCCCCAUUGUCCUCUGUGCUGGUUUCCCUGUUGGGAAGGCCCUUGCCUGGGGAGAGCCAUCCCAGGAGAAGUUUGACUUCAUAAAGCCCCCGUCUGAUGCAUUGGCCCAUAUGGUCAUCUCUGAGCUGGCCACUGGUGCUGUGACUCCAGCCCGGGGUCCCCCAGCCCCAGUAGACGGAGGGAGAGGAGAAGCAUGUCCAGAGGAGAAUCCACAGGGCAUCAUCCACCCGCUCGCUAGACAAAUGUUGACUGAGCACCUGCUGGGUGCCUGGCCCCAUUCUAGUAGCUGGGAGUCAGCCAGGAACAAGACAAGGUCACCGCCACCACGGAGCCAACAUCUAGUGCAGGGAAGCAGACAGUAAAGAAAAAUGAUCCAGUGUCGGGGUGAUGAGGGCUGAGAAGAAAGAGUUCGGGAGUAAUAGGGAUGGCUGAUUUCGAUCAGGUGCUCAGGAAGGAGGUGACACUCGAGAGGAGCUGCCAGAGAGUGUUGUUAGUAUCUACAGAGGCCCAGAGGCAGGUGUGGGAUCAGCCUUUCCCUGGAACGGCGGGAGGAUCUGCUAUCAGAAUUGAGCCGGGGUUAGCGGACCGAGGGCCUGGCGCUGCCUGUCUUUGGGAACAAAGAUUUAUUGGGACAUAGCCACACCCAUGUGUUUAUGUAUAAUUUUUAUGGUUGCUUUUGCACGGCAAUGACAGAUUUGAGUCAUUUGCGAUAAAUACCACAUGGCCUUCAAAGAUGCAAAUAUUUACUGUCGAGGCCUUUCCGUAAAGAGUUUACGGACCCUAGAACAGAGUAAACAAGGGGAGAAGGAUGGGCGAGGGGCUCAGGAGCACAAAGGCUGGCCCCCUUUGGCCUCAGUUGGCACAGCUCUGGAGGGUCUUACCAGCUCCGAUGCCCCAUCGGGUGGCCUCUUGGGCCUCCCUGUCCGCUCCUGCUUCCGUCACUCCCCACCCACAGGAGCUACUGCCUGGAGACGCCGCGAUAACCCUGCUGUUCGAAGAUCUCAGAGUCUCCCCCUCAGUCUACGGCAGCAAGGCACAAUGAGACGCAUAGUUUAUAUAGUCCAUCCACCAUAUUCAUAUUUAUAUAAUAAUUCACAAUUCACCCUAUAUACAUAGGAUA